CUUCAGUUCUUUGCAAGCAUCUGUAUAGACAGCACGCUAAUGCUAAGCUAGCCAAGAACCCAGAGUGACGUAAAAGCUGAGUGAAUGCUGACCCCAGUCCAGCUGCCAGAUCCUGAACUUCAACAGGGUCACUCCAACAGGCGUUGCCUGAUACGAAUGUGAAGUGCACACCGAAUUUAUUGCUUCAGCAGCUGCUGUGAGAUGUUCGGCAUUUGCAAUGGCAAGAGGUCUGUUUCCAUGGGGGUUCUUCAGAAAGCCUCUGUACAUCCAGGCGAGGUUCUCGUACCUGCACAUGAAGUACCUGUUCUUCUCAUGGCUGGCAGUGUUCGUGGGGAGCUGGAUAGUCUAUGUGGAGUACUCAUCCUACACAGAGCUGUGUCGUGGGCACGAGUGCAAAAACUCAAUAUGUGACAAAUACAAAAAAGGAGUCAUUGAUGGCUCAGCCUGCAGCAGCUUGUGUGAGAAACAGACUCUUUACCUGGGAAAGUGCCUCACUGCCAACCCCAACAGCCAGGUUUACUCGGGGAGCUGGGGAGACCUAGAGGGUGUUAUUAAGUGCCAGAUGGAGGAGGCUCCUCAUUAUGAUUUGGGAGGUGAGCCCAGGAAAGAGACUUCUGCAGCCUUCAACAAACCAACCAAGGGAACCUCAGUGGAAAAGUUCAGAGAGAUGAUCACUGACCACCUAAAGGCCAAAGUGGGGGAUCAGGCAAACCUCGCUGACCUGGCAACUCAAGUAUUGUCCAUUGCAGAUGGCAAUAAGGACAGCCAUAUCUCACUGCCAGAGGCUCGCUCCACAUGGGCUUUGUUGCAGCUCAAUGAAUUCCUAUUGGCUUUAGUCCUGCAUGACAGAGAGCACACACCCAAGCUACUGGGCUUCUGUGGAGAUCUAUAUGUCACGGAGAAAGUACCACACUCUCCCUUGUAUGGGAUUAGUCUACCCUGGAUUAUCGAAAUGUGGAUCCCUGCCGGUCUGCGGCGCAGCAUGGACCAGUGGUUCACUCCAUCCUGGCCACACAAGGCCAAGAUCUCCAUUGGACUGCUGGAGCUGGUCGAGGAUAUUUUCCACGGCACUUUUGGAAGCUUCCUCAUGUGCGACGUGAGCGCCACCACUUUCGGUUACAACGACCGCCACGACUUGAAGGUGAUGGAUGCACGCCACAUCGUGCCUGAAGCCAUCUUCCAAGAAGUCAUCAGGCAGCAGCGCUGCGACGUGGACGAGGACUGUCUGUAUGGAGCCGACUGCCUAACUUCCUGUGACCUCACCAAGCAUCGCUGCACAACAGAGGUCACCAGGCCAAACUUAGCCAAAGCCUGUGACACACUCAAGGACUACAUUCUGAGGGGAGCGCCAUCUGAUAUGAGCGAGGAGCUCGAGAAGCAGCUGUACGCUUGCAUCGCACUGAAAGGUUCAGCAGAACAGAUGGAAAUUGAACACUCACUCAUUCUAAACAACCUCAAGACUUUGCUGUGGAAGAAAAUCUCUCACACGAAAGAUUCCUAAUAAGGAUUGCACAACGGCACAAUGACUGACGCUUGCCCUUUAAGUUUCUUAAUAAAGCGGACAAUCAUUUUCACCGUGGAAACUAAUAAUCCUGUGGUAUUCAAUGUUUAACAGAUGUAUUUUAAGUUGGCACUAUAGGUGUCAGCAAUGUCACCAAUAUUAAAUCAUGUACACAAACGGACUCCGUUAGGAUUAACUGCAGUAAACAGUGCAAUUUUUUUGAAACCAGGAUGAAGGUGAAUAAUAAAUUUGAUGUAAGAUCCUG